CCGAGCGCCCGGCGCGGGGCGGAGGCCGGGGGCGGGCCGGGGAGGCAGAGGGGCGGGUCGGGGCGGGGCCAGGCCGGCCAGAGGGGAGGGUCUAGCGGCGGCCCCCGGCGAGGCUCACUGCGCUUGCGCUGACAGACGCAAGAUGGCGGACAGUGCGGAACUAAAGCAAAUGGUUAUGAGCCUUAGAGUUUCUGAACUACAAGUACUGUUGGGCUACGCUGGGAGAAACAAGCACGGACGCAAACACGAACUUCUCACAAAAGCCCUGCAUUUGCUAAAGGCUGGCUGUAGUCCUGCUGUACAAAUGAAAAUUAAAGAACUCUAUAGGCGGCGGUUCCCCCAGAAAAUCAUGACGCCUGCGGACUUGUCCAUCCCUAAUGUACAUUCAAGUCCUAUGCCAGCAACUUUGUCUCCAUCCACCAUUCCACAGCUCACUUAUGAUGGUCACCCUGCAUCAUCACCGUUACUCCCUGUUUCUCUCCUGGGACCUAAACAUGAACUGGAACUCCCACAUCUUACAUCAGCUCUUCAUCCAGUCCAUCCGGAUAUAAAACUUCAAAAACUACCAUUUUAUGACUUAUUGGAUGAACUGAUAAAACCCACCAGUCUAGCAUCAGACAACAGUCAGCGCUUUCGAGAAACCUGUUUUGCAUUUGCAUUGACACCACAACAAGUGCAACAAAUCAGUAGUUCCAUGGAUAUUUCUGGGACCAAAUGUGACUUCACAGUGCAGGUCCAAUUAAGGUUUUGUUUAUCUGAAACCAGUUGUCCACAAGAAGAUCACUUCCCACCCAAUCUUUGUGUGAAAGUGAAUACAAAACCGUGCAGCCUUCCAGGUUACCUUCCACCUACUAAAAAUGGUGUGGAACCAAAGCGACCCAGCCGACCAAUUAAUAUCACCUCACUUGUCCGAUUGUCCACAACAGUACCAAACACCAUUGUUGUUUCAUGGACUGCAGAAAUUGGAAGAACCUAUUCCAUGGCAGUAUAUCUUGUAAAACAGUUGUCCUCAACAGUUCUUCUUCAGAGGUUACGAGCAAAGGGAAUAAGGAAUCCGGAUCAUUCUAGAGCUUUAAUUAAAGAGAAAUUGACUGCCGAUCCAGACAGUGAAAUAGCUACUACCAGCCUAAGGGUUUCUCUUCUAUGUCCACUUGGUAAAAUGAGGCUAACAAUUCCAUGUCGAGCCCUUACAUGUUCUCAUCUGCAAUGUUUUGAUGCAACUCUUUAUAUUCAAAUGAAUGAGAAAAAACCAACCUGGGUUUGUCCUGUCUGUGAUAAGAAGGCUCCAUAUGAACACCUCAUCAUUGAUGGCUUGUUUAUGGAAAUCCUAAAGUACUGUACAGACUGUGAUGAAAUACAGUUUAAAGAGGAUGGCUCUUGGGCACCAAUGAGAUCGAAAAAGGAAGUACAGGAAGUUUCUGCCUCAUACAAUGGAGUUGAUGGAUGCUUGAGCUCCACAUUGGAACAUCAGGUAACUUCUCACAACCAGUCCUCCAAUAAAAACAAGAAAGUAGAGGUGAUUGAUUUAACCAUAGACAGUUCCUCUGAUGAAGAGGAGGAAGAGCCAUCUGCCAAGAGGACCUGUCCUUCCCUGUCUCCCACAUCACCACUAAAUAAUAAAGGCAUUUUAAGUCUUCCACAUCAAGCAUCUCCAGUAUCCCGCACCCCCAGCCUUCCUGCUGUAGACACAAGCUACAUUAACCCCUCCCUCAUCCAAGACUACAGGCAUCCUUUUCACAUGACACCCAUGCCUUAUGACUUACAAGGAUUAGAUUUCUUUCCUUUCUUAUCAGGAGACAAUCAGCAUUACAGCACCUCCCUGCUUGCCGCUGCAGCAGCAGCAGUCUCAGAUGAUCAAGACCUCCUGCACUCGUCGAGAUUUUUCCCAUAUACCUCCUCACAGAUGUUCCUCGAUCAGUUAAGUGCAGGAGGCAGCACUUCCCUGCCAACCACCAAUGGAAGCAGUAGUGGCAGCAACAGCAGCCUUGUGUCUUCCAACAGCCUGAGGGAGAGCCAUAGCCACACUGUCACAAACAGGAGCAGCACGGACACAGCGUCCAUCUUUGGCAUCAUACCAGACAUUAUCUCAUUGGACUGAUCCCUUGCCCCUGCUGCUCCUACCCAUCCUAGAUUAAAUGAACUUGGCAGAAAGAAGAGAACUUUGUGCUCUGUCUUAUCUUAUUCUGUUUAGAAAAGUACAGCGUGUUUUUUUUUCCUUUUUUUAGGGAAAAAAUUAAAAGAAAUGUACAGAGAACAAAACUAUAUUUUCAGUUUUACUUUUGUAUAUAAAUCUAAGACUGCCUGAUAAAACACUUGUUUAAAAAAAAAAAAGGAAAGAAAAGAAAAAAGCACCCACAAGCCACCUUCAGUUCAUUUUUUUUCUGGAUUCUGAAGAUUUUUCAUGAUCUGUCCUAUGGUUUUGGUUUUAUUUUACUUCAAUGGCAUUAUUUUAUUUGCAGUAAGCAGAAAAGGAAUUGCAUGUAUGAAGUUUUAAAUUGUGGGCUUUGUUGUGGGGAGGGGGUUGGGAGGGAUAGUUUGAUUACCAUUUUUUAAAAAUGACAGACUUGGGUUCUGUUUUUUUUUGUGUGUGUGUGUGUGCAUAUUUUAUCCAGCCUUAAGUUAUAAAUCUCAUCUGUCCCACUUUCAUUCCCUAUGUAUUUUCAGGUCAUAGCUCAUGGGCGUGUGUGUUCAGUGUGUGUGUCUGUAUGUAUUUUUCUGUCAUUACUGUUCCCUCUCUUCUGGAGUUUGCAUUCAGUUAAUAUAUUAGUUGCCUGCUUCUUUUAAAGUGCUUUAAAGGUCUUGAACUCAAGUGUGAGUAUCUUUAUCAACUAUCCCAGUUGCAUGUUCUCCAUCAUAUAUUCUGACUUGCUCUAAACCCCCCUGAGAAUACGCUGUAGAAAUACUGGAGAAAGCUGUCUGGGUAAGGAGUAGGCUUACUAGACCUGUGAAUAAUACACUUUAGUCUAGUUCUCAAUUCUAAAUCUGGACUGCCAGUGUUUUGUAUUUAAGCCAAGUCUGUGAAUACCUGCUUUUUUGGCCACAGGGUAACAAGUUUUCAUGUAAGAUCUUCAUACCAAAGUAGGAAGUGAUAAUAGCUUAGAAAGUCCUGCUGGGUAUUUUGUGCAGCUGACAGAAGGGUUACAUCACCUCAAAAAGAAGAUAGACGAGUCAAUUACCCUAAAAGUAAAUUUUGUUUGGAAAAUGCAAUGCACCACACAUGUGGAUCUAUAGAAAUCUACUGUCUUGGUAAACAAGGUUCAAAAUGCAUUUGAACCUUAGUCAUUUUUAUUCUCCGUGAGUGUACUUAUGUUCUUAACCUAUCUACCUAGUUUAUUUUGUCUUCAUCUUUUAAUGACAAGCAUGACAUAGGAAAGUCAUUUUUUUAAAAUUCAUGAAUGGAUCUGAUCUGCUCUAAAUAGUGGAACAUGUAAAUAUAUUGAAAACUGUUUUUCAGGAGAUAAGUAAARGUUGAAGGAAAGGAAAAGUGGUUUACUUGUGUUCCAAAAUCCUCAUCAGAGAAGAUAUUAUGUUCUCAGAUAUGGAAAAUGUAUUUCAGUUGAUUGAGAGUAGAGGUUUAACAGAAAAGAUAAUGAUUGCCAGUUUUCCAGACUGGGUUUUUAUAUCACAGCUGUUUAGUAUUUCUCAGAGUUGAUGAAGGACCACUUUUGUGUAUAAACUUGUCAAUUUCAACCUUGCAUUGGUAACACUGACCUACUUCAAUCCAGGUAGAAUUCAAGAUGGCUAUGUCUUUUGGCUGUAUGAUAAAAUUAAUGGUUCACAUGACUGUGUGGCAUCUAAAAAUAAUAUGUUUUUACAGCAUCUCUCUUACUAAAUUGUUGACUUGAAUUUUGAAAAAAAGUUGGUGUUGAUAUGUAUAUGUGUGUGUGUAUAUAUGUAUUUAUAAACAAGUGUGUGUGAGUAACAAGUGAGUUACAUAGUCUUCCCCUACGCAUGUGUAUUCCACACAUAAAUGGCUGAGUUAUAGUCACAAAACAAUUUGCAAUAAAAAAAUUUAUUGUCAGUUAAAACAAGAAAUAGUUAAGUUUUUAAAUGAAUCUGGAGUAGUGGUGAGUGAACACUUUAAGAACUUUCAUUGCCAUAUUAAUUUAGACUAAUUUUGAAUAGUAUCAUAAUUUGUGUCUAAAUUUGGAUUAGGGUAGAAAUUACUAAAAUUGUAGAGCACUGUUUCUGAUUUUACAUUGUGAAUAGAAAACAUUUCUAUUCAACUACCAUAGGUUAAGUGAAUAGUUUUCUUUAUUCCUGUUUUGGGGUUUUGUUUCUGUUUUCUCUGCUUUUUUGUUGUUGUUAGUGGUCUCAAAAUUCCGAUCAAUAACUUUGUAUACGAUGCUGAAUUAUAAACUCUUUGAAUGAUCCAGUUGAAAAUCCGUACCUCUGCUUUCCUUGGCCCAAUUUUGGAAGGGGUUAAUUUCCCUCCAUGCCCUUUAUUAUACCAAUCUAAGGGAAGAAUAGGUAAUAGGGAGAAAUAGAUGUCUGUCCAGUGGCUUUGGUCAUGUCCCCACAGGAGAACCAACCAUUCAGUUGUCUUUAUAGUUCAUUCCACUCUGAGAAGUUCGUUUCCUUCAGUUGUUAACUUUUUAAGAUGUUGCAUUAAGUAAUAGUUAUCACUUGUUGGUUUCAUGUUCGUUAUGAGUCAAUCAGACUUUCAUGAUUUGUAAAAAUUAUUGAGUCAUGCACUACACCCUUUUCCUAAUUUUUUAAAAGAAGUUAAGCCACUUUUCUCUUUUCCUCAGCCCACACUCACUCCCCAACCCAUGCCAACAUUGCUAUGCUGUCUGUGGACAAAGAGUUUCUCGAAUCUUGAAGCCAGUUGUUACAACCCCUUUGCCUUGGUCUUUCAUGAUAGGUGCACAUAUCCUUCCUUCUGUGCAGUGCUGCAUGUGUGUACACAUCUGGAGAGAGCUCUAUACACACAGAAAAUAGCUGUUUGGCAGGGUUGAAGUGGCUUUUAAUUGCUAUGUGGGCAUUGUUGGACACAUCUCUUUUUUAAAAAAUUCUGAUACUUAACCAUGCCACACUUGGUUGACUGUUUUGAGCAUUAAAUUUUUUCUAUAUUGAUUUAGAAUAUCACAAUUCUAUGUCAUUACUGACUUAAGAAAGAUUCAUUUAUGCUUCUGAAAGAUGUGAUUUCUUGGGUAGAUUUUCCUUUGAAACAAGUGUGUGAAAUUGAAAAUAUAUCCCAGCUGUAAAUUAAUAAAUAUGGAAAAAGCAUUGUUUCUAAAACAAUUUCAAGUACAUAAAACUUUCAGGAUCUUCAGGACUUUUUAAAGCACGUUUGCAUUUAUUUUAGUAAGAAUUUCUUUUUGUAAGUACAUGUUGAAUUCUGUUUUUUAAUUAAACACAAAACUUAGAUUUCAGAAAGAGGGAGGGAGACUAGCUGGUGGUCCCAGAGUGUGCUGCUGUUGUUUAAUUAACAAAGGGGAAAAUGUAUAUAAACAGAUAUAAAAGUUACCAUAAAUUCCAUGAACUUAAAUCUGUGAUUCAUUGCCUUAAGACUUUCUCUCUUAGGAUUUCCAUACCGCAUGCCAAACCAGUAAAAUGGCUUUUAAAAAUGUAUAGUAGACCAAUGUCAGUUUGUAUAAAAGUACCAAGUGAAAAUAUUUAUUACAUGCAUUGGAAAAAAAUUGUUUACCUAUUGAAUGUUACCUGUUUAUGUAGAGCUCUUUAGAUGUAAUAAAAGAAAAGCCUUCAGUUAA